AUGGAGGAAUUCGGAAAAUUGCUGGUCAUAGCAUAUGAAAGCAUCUUCUACUUCAGCUGCAUGUUGCCGUACUUCCUGUCCUGUACCACUGUGGUGACAGAAUCCUUCCUGCUGACGGUGAUGGCCUAUGACCACUUUGUGGCCAUCUGCAACCCUCUGCUUUAUACAGUGGUCAUGUCGCAGAGGCUCUGUGCCCUGCUGCUGUCUGGCUCAUAUCUCUGGGGCAUGUUUGGUCCCUUGGUACUCCUCUGCUAUGCUCUCCAGCUAAACUUUUCUGGACAUAACAUAAUCAACCAUUUUUUUUGUGAAUAUACUGCUCUCAUUGCUGUCUCGAACUCAGACAAACUCAUUCCCCACCUGUUGCUUUUUGGCUUUGCCAAUUUCAACGAGGUGAGCACACCGCUGAUCAUCCUCACUUCAUACAUUUUUAUUUUCGUGACUGUACUAAAGAUCUGUUCUGCCAGUGGAUGUCGAAAAGCCUUGUCCAUCUGUGCCUCCCACCUGACCACCAUCACCAUCUUCCAUAGGACCAUCCUUUCCCUCCACUGUGUGCCCAACUCCAAGAACUCCAGGCAAACUGUCCAAGUGGCCUCUGUAUUUUACACAGUCAUCAAUGCUAUGUUGAACCCUCUGAUCUACAGCCUGAGGAAUAAAGAUGUGAAGGAUGCCCUCCGGAAAUUAAUAGAUAACAAAAGUCCCAUUCCACUGAACUAA